AUGGCAGACCGCUCCAUGGAAAAGGAAAAGGGAAAGCCGGCCAGCCACAAUCUGUUUCAGUGCUCGGCCUGCAAGCGGACAUACACUCGAGUCGACCACCUGGCCCGACAUGUCCGGUCCCAUCUCCACGAGCGGCCAUUUCAGUGCCCGACCUGCAACAAGGCCUUUGGCAGACUAGACCUGCUGAAGCGACAUGAGACCUGCCACCAAGACGACCGGAAUAGUGGACGGACACGUCGAAGUCAUGCCGGCAGCCAGAGCUCGCGGGUGUCGCAGGCCUGUCGCGAGUGUGCGGCGACGAAGCUCAAGUGCGACGACGUCAAACCAUGCGGACGGUGUCGGCAGCGCGGCCUCACAUGCGAGUACGUCUCGGAUGGCCGGGAGCACCUCAAGAUGCUUGCUUCGGAAAGUCCGGUUCCGGUUGCAGAAACGAGCCCACAAAGAUGUGAUCCUGCAGCAGCCACGACGACGGCAGAGACCGAUAAGAUCCCGCUCGAUCCCUCCCUGCAGGACCAGCAGCCGCCCGGCGGCUUCCCCGACCACGACAUGACUGACUUUCUUCGGGAUGUCAUGACACCCAACCUGCCGUCGCUGUCUACGAAGGCCUGGCUGGAUGCCGAUGCUAUUGGGCCCCGUGGCCUGCUGGACUUUACGAGCGAUGGGCUCGAACUGGACGACAGCGACUUUGGCUUUCUGGACGACUCGUGCGGCGGUGAGCCGUUCAGCAUGGCUGCGGCGACGGCCAUGGCCAUGGUCCUGGAUCCGUCGAUGGAGUCGCAGCAUUCCUUCCCGCCGGCCAUGCUCACACAGCUCGAGACGGCCGUGCCGAUGACCGGCAGAGGACGAAACGUCGGUCUGGGCACGGAGGCCUUUAAGCGGUCGACAUUGGGGAUGUGGCUGCCGGCACUGCACGAGGGCUCGGAGGCGGAAUUGGAGCACCUGUCGGUGCUGAGUGCAGAAGCGGGAUCGUCACCGGACACGACACGGUUCAACGUGGGUGCUGAGCAUCGGAGCAUGCACGGGGGGGUAGGACGGGCGGCACGGGACGGCGUGCUGGCGAUGGUGCUGCGAACCUGUCGGCCAGAGCGGGCGCUGACGGUGGUGCAGACGUUUCCGCCAGCCGAGCUACUAGACGACCUGCUGGCCUGUUUCUUUGCGCACCACCGACAGCACGCCGACAGCUUUCUGCACGUGCCGACGUUUGACGUCAACACGCAGCAGCCAGAGCUGAUCGGAGCACUGUCGGCCUUUGGGGCCACGCUGACAGACGCGCGGCCGCUGCACCGACUCGGCUUCGCCAUCCAGGAGGCGGUGCGCAGGACGGUGCCGGGCCGAUGCGAGGCGGCCAACGCGACGACACGCGAGCUCUGGCUGCUGCAGGCCUUUAUCUGCGAGCUGCAGGUCGGCAUGUGGAGCGGCAUCAAGCGCAAGAUGGAGCUGGCCGAGAGCCACGCGCCGGUGCUGUACACGAUGCUGCGGCGAGCUGGCCGCUUCCACCGGCUGCAGCGGCCAGCCUUUGAGGGUCCAUUGGCCACGGACAGUGGCGCGGUGCUGCAGCGCAAGUGGCGAGCCUGGGUCGAGCAGGAGAGCCUGCGCCGUCUGGCCCUGCACGCGGCCAUCUUUGACGCGCAGGUGUCCAUGGCCCGGCUGACAAACCCGAUCAUCUCGUACGCCGAGCUGGCCAUUGCACUGCCGGCAUCGCUGGCCCUCUGGCAGGCCGAGGAUGCGGAGCAGUGGAGGGAUCAGUACUUGCGAGAGGUGGGGGAAGGCGAGCUGGGAGGACCAGGAGGAAGAGCAGGAAUGGAGCCAGAAGGAGACGUCGAUGCCCAUCCGUCGUCGCUGCUCGACUUUCUGCAGCAUCAGCCGGCCGAGCUGCCGGCCCACUGCGACAGCCGGUUUUCCAGCCUGGUGCUGCUAUAUGGCGUCUGGGGCCUGGUGUGGCAGCACCUGCAGCAGGCGGCCACGCUGCGACACUGGUCGGCCUCGAGUGGUGGUGGCAGUGGCGGCGGGCAGCCAGGGGCUCUAGCCAGUCUACGCCAUCAGGAGCUGCUGCAGACGCUGCACCACGUGCGGCUCAGCAUCGGCGAGGUGGCGCGCUCGUCCGAGGCCGGCCUAGUGCUCGAGCUGCUGCACAUGUACCUGCAUAUCAACCUGGGCGACAUGCAGCUCUUUGCCGGCAAGGAGGACGUCGAGGAUGCCCGUCGCGUGCUGCCGUCGCUGCAGCGCUGGUGGGCCGAAGGAUCCGGUGCCCGCCAGGCUGUCUUCUACGCCGGCCAGGUCCUGCGCGUGGCCAAAGCCUUUCCGGCCCGCCGUCUCUGUCGCUUCUACGCUAUCGCUGUCUACCACGCCGGGCUCGUCCUCUGGGUCUACGGCGUCAUCUGGCUGUCACAGCAGCAGCAGCCGAAUGGAGGGACCGGCCAGCAACAAGCACAACCAUCCUUGAUGGCCGUCCAGCUCGAUGGUCCCGAGUCGGCCACCAUCCAACGCUUCAUCGCCAUGGGCAAGGGCACCCCCUGUGUCGGCUUCCAUUUUGGCGGAAACCCGACGGCCGGCGUGGUGGCGCUGUCAGAUCCCGAGGCAGUCAUGGAUGUCGUCGUCGACACGCUGCUCGGAAACUUCCCCACGACCGUCAGGACCCAGGAACCACCGCCGAUUGUGCAGAAUCUAGUACAGCUCUUGCGCGGUCUUGGAAAAGCAGCCGGAGAGAUGGCAGCUUGA